UAUUAACAGUAGACAGGUUGCUUAUAGAAAGUAGAAACUCGCUGGAAAUUUUAUCCAGUGUGCCUACGGAAGCUGUUGGUAUAUAUAGCAUCAAUGCCGCAAGACAUUCUCGUGCCUGAAUUCUGUAUAAACUCUCUGUAGCUUCACAUAUUUGAGGAGAUACCUGUUUAUUUGGAAAACCUGAAACCCAAAUUAUGAAUUAUUCUCAAGUGACAUCGUGCAUUUGCAUACCCAAGGCAAUCUUACUACAACCCAAAACAAACUGGACCAGUUCGAAGUCCGGCAAUGAGAGAAGAGCUGGUCACUGGACACAUGUCCCCCGCAAUGUUAAUAUGGAGGGCCUUCGAAGUGGAUAUUUGUUUCCUGAGAUAUCCAUACGUGAGCAUGAGCACAUCCAAAAGAACCCAAAUGCAAGGUUGAUAAGACUUGGAAUUGGUGACACCACACAGCCUAUACCAGACAUCAUAACGACGGCGAUGGCUGAGCAUGCAGAUGGUUUGUCAACUACACGAGGUUACAGAGGAUAUGGAGCAGAGCAGGGCGACAUGGAAUUACGAAUGGCUAUUGCGGAAACGCUUUACAGAGGUACAGGGGUGAAAGGCAAGGAGAUUUUUGUAUCUGAUGGAGCACAAUGUGACAUUUCACGUCUUCAGAUGCUCCUGGGCUCCAAUGUGAAGGUGGCUGUUCAGGACCCUUCUUUUCCGGCUUAUAUUGACACCAGUGUAAUUGUUGGUCAAUCCGGCAAGUUGGAAGAGAAAAGUGGGAAGUAUAGCGACAUUGUUUACAUGAACUGUAGAGCUGAGAACAAUUUUUUCCCUGACCUGUCUGCUACUCCAAGGACAGAUAUAAUUUUCUUCUGCUCUCCAAACAAUCCAACUGGUAGCGCUGCAUCUAGGCAGCAAUUAGAGCAACUGGUUGAUUUUGCCAAGACUAACGGCUCCAUAAUAGUUUAUGACUCUGCAUAUGCUGCCUAUAUAUCAGAUGAAAGCCCAAGAUCAAUCUUUGAAAUCCCUGGAGCCAAAGAGGUUGCUAUUGAGAUCUCAUCCUUCUCCAAAUUUGCUGGGUUCACUGGCGUCCGCCUCGGUUGGACAGUGGUUCCUGAAGAGUUGAAAUACUCCAACGGAUUUCCUGUCAUAGAAGAUUUCAACCGCAUUGUAUGCACCUGCUUCAAUGGCGCUUCAAAUAUUGUUCAGGCUGGAGGACUAGCAUGCCUUUCUAGAGAUGGUUACCAGGCUGUGUGCAAUGUGGUUGACUACUACAAAGAGAACGCGAAAAUACUUGUUGAAGCAUUUGAAUCGCUUGGAUUGAAGGUCUAUGGAGGCAAAAAUGCCCCUUAUGUGUGGGUUCAUUUUCCAGGGAUGAGUUCUUGGAAUGUAUUCAAUGAAAUCCUAGAGAAAACACAUGUAGUGACUGUUCCAGGUAGAGGAUUUGGUCCUGGUGGUGAAGAGUACAUCAGAGUUAGUGCAUUUAGUCAUAGAGAGAAUAUGAUGGAAGCUUCUCUGAGGAUGAAAAAAAUCUUUAGAUGAAAUUUUGUAUCUUGAUCGCUGCAUUGAGCCAAAAUAAAAUAAUUUAUGAUUUAGUCUCUA